AAAGGGGGUAGUUUGGGUUUCUGGAAAUAUGUUUUGAAAGAAUCAUCUGAAUGAUUCAUUUGUCUGGUUCAACCACGGUUCCUACAAUAGUUAUGAUGAUUCUUUACAUCUUUGUGAACUUGAGCAAAACUGACUUCAUACAACCACUAAAAAUCACCAGCUUAUUUAAAGUUAUCGAGACUGCAAACAUGGUGAAGAAACUUGAUGUUAGAAAAGAUCCUGCAGCAUGUGAGACUCGAUCUAAUCAAUCACAAUCCGAUUUAUAUGUAUGUAUAUGACUGAUUAAUGGAUAAAGUUCAAAUUUAAUGUUCAACAGUAGAUAUUAAUUUGAUCAAAAUGAAUAUGCUAAUUUUAUUCGUUUGACACACAUGCUUACGCACUUGCUCUGGUUAUUUAAAGUUUGUGAAUAGUUAAAAGUAUUUAAAAUAAUCAUAGUUCUUGAAACUCAUAACAAUCAUAGUCAAAUGUAAGUUAAACCUUAAUGUCUGAUCUGGGUCUGGAGGAUCCUAAUUAUUCUAGGCUUCCUUAUGACCAGCUGCUCAUUUAGUCAUUAAAAUAACAUACAUAGUCAAAAGUCAAUAUUUUGGAAAAUGUUGAAGACUUCCCCAACACGACUCACUUCUAGGGGGUGUAUAUUGUCCAAGUGUAUAUAGUCAACAGCAGGAUCACAAGCAGGGGGUGUAUCAUCGAUCAAUGUAGAACGGGCAGAUAUCUUGUAACUGUUGCUGUGACAGCAGAUGUCAACCUGUGCACUAUCAUGGACAAAACAAAGGAACGGGAGAAGAUGAUUGCUAUUAAACAACAUGACUUGUUUUUAAUCACUGUGAGACUGAAAAACUAUGUGGGACUUGAAAUGUUGUUGUUCUUUGUACAUUUUAAAAAGUUUUUAUGCCACAUUCAUUUUUAAAUCUGAUCUAAUUUCAGAAGCAUUUCAAAUAAAAGCUACCUUUGCAGAGCACAGUUUGGUAUCCUCUCUGUUCUUUGUGAUUCAAUUAUUCUGAUUAUCUUUCAGGUACAACAUGCAACGGCAUCAAAAGUAAUUGAAAUCUUUUAGAUACUCAAGUAAAUUCAAACAUCCGAGUGUCAUUUCAUUGGACGCUGGAUUUUUCUCUUUACUAAUGUCACUUUUCUUGAUCAUGUCUGAAGUGUCACAGCUGGCGUUUUUUGGAUUUCUGAAGUCAGUUCUUCUCAACAUCACACAGGUGACUGAUGUUUGUAAAGACACAUCACAAGUUUGUAUUAACUUUUAAUACAAAACAGCACAAAACAGGGUGUAUUUUAACUCUUUGACCUAAUAAUUAUCAGUCCAGUGAUGCUUUCUGACCUUCAGCUCAGACUCAACAAGACUUUUUCAUAUGCACAAGCUCAAUAACGGCACAAAAAUAAACCUGCAUUCUGUUCAAAUGCAGUUUAAAACCCCUACUGGAUGAUUUUAUGAUGCAUCUGUUAUAUUUGAUAGAAUAGGAUCCUUUGCAUCAAGAUAUGCUUCAUGUGAAAGCUUUAGUAUGAGUUAGAUUAGUUAUAAAAGAUUAAACUGAACCAGGUUUGAAUGAUCACACACUGCAGGCUACAUUGCAAGAAAAUGCUGACAUCAAACACACAAAAGUUCGCAUGAGAAGAAACCUUGUUAAAACAACUUCACACAUUUUUAUUCUUUCACAGCACAAAAUACUGAAGAGGGAACUGAGACUCUAUCAGCUUCUAAACAGGAUGAGAUCGGCGGUUCUUCUCGUGCUCUUCGUCACUCUAGGGUUCAAUGAUGGAUUGAAUAACAUCACUUCCAGCAAUGAUCAACCUGAAAUGCUUCCAGACCCAAGACCCUGCCAGAUAUCUAAGAAUAUCGACACAUACAUUACUUUUAUAAGCAGACACAUCCUCUUACUUGAUUUCGAUACGACACAGCUGAACAACUGGGGAUAUUUCCUACAAACAAUGGGACUUUGUGGCAGAACUAAGGAACAAUCUUUCCUCCAUAUAGAGGACACCUAUAAAAUUACAAGAAUCUGCAAUGAAAAAGGCACCAGACACUCAGCUAACAUGUGCCUCAGUACAGAGAAGUUCAUAGUGUAUGUUGUUCAGAGCACUUUGAGAAACGGACAGUGUGAUUUUCGAAUUCAGAUUGAGAACUCUUAUGUGAUAGUUGCUUGUGACGUCAUUCGUUACACUUGUUUGCCUGUUCACUAUGAAGGACAAACUGGCAUGGAGCCAUCCAAACGUGGUCCGAUCUGCAAAAGAGUUUCCUGAAGCACUAAGUUCGACUUUAGUGAAGAAUUAAAUAUGGCUUAAUGUUUCUUUUUAACCAUUAUUUAUAAAGAUUGCUAUGUCAUAUGCAUGUUUAAACUGGCAAAAAAAGUUAGCAUCUGUUAGAUUUAAUAGUAGGGGGGAAAUGGUUAAAUGUUAGUUUUAGUACGCUAUUUUCGUCUUCCGGGUUUAAAAUCUUCAUCCUGUCCACGUCACAGGCUGUGACGUGGCAGAGCACGAUACUUUGAUGACUCAUCGGUGUUUCAUAAUUAUUAACGAGACUGAGUUUUUUAUCCAAUGAGAAGACACUCUCUUAAUUAUUCAUGACACCACGUGGAUCUUUCCAAUGACGAGGACGGUUAACGGCACUAAACAGCGAGAGAGACUGACGGUGCGUGUCCGUUGGCGAGGAGCGAGAGGGUAAGCGCGAGUGUUUUCGGUUCAUUCCUAUGGAAGUUGAGCCGCGCGUAAGUUAAAUGUGACGCUCAACUUCCAUAGGAAUGAAUCUAAAAAUGCUCUGGUCGCUUGCUCUGCUCCAGUCGACACGCAGUCUGACUGACUGAGCGUGUUGCAGGUUCGGCGCGUAGAUCUACGCGUAGAUCAGGGUUUUUUUUAAGCGUUAUUUUUUUUUCAAAUAUAUGCAUGUAUAGUGUGUAUAUAAGCAACUAUAUAUUUUAUAAUGACUGUAAUUACACAUGUACAUUAAUAUGUUUUAAAUAGAAUUACGAUUACUGUAGGAUAUAUGUAGCAGGGCAUUCAGUAACUCUUGAAAAGACAAAAAUAAAGUGUCAGUGUACCACUGAUUUUUAGUGACAGUCGAUAUGCAUGGGCUACUGGCGAUGAGAGUUUCCCCCCUCCCCUCUCCUCUCCUCUCCUCUCCUCUC